AUGGGAACUAGGGAGGAGGAAGUGAGCUGGGAGAAUUUCAAAAAGAGAUUCCUGGAAAAUUAUUUUCCAGAUAGUGCUAAACAUGAGAGGGAGGCUGAGUUCUUGACCUUACAGCAGGGCAAUAUGACUGUACAGGCUUACGUUAACCGAUUUGAAUAUCUGGCGCGGUUUUACACACAGAAUAUCACAGAGGAAUGGCGUUGUCGAAAAUUUGAGAGGGGUCUACGACAUGAACUGCUCAGGGUUCUGGUGCCACUCAGGAUCCAAGAGUUUCCUCUCUUAGUGGAACAAGCGAAAAGUGUGGAACAAUUAGAGAUGGGGCCUAGUCGAGUAGCCAGACCGCAGAGAAAUGUUGUAGAGGCUAGACAACAGAAGAAGCCUUAUAAUCGACCUCAGACGUCGUCACAAGGGUUGAAGUGGAGUAGUGGAGGAUGGCGGAAAUGUUUUGUGUGUGAUCAACCUGGCCACUUUGCAGACAGGUGUCCUAAUAAGAAGACGGUCGCAGAGCCACGACCACAACUGCCUUCUACAGAGAGGCCAAGAGCAGCAGGGAGAGUGUUUGCGCUGACUAACGCCGAGGCAAAACGAUCAGGUAAUCUUAUACAAGAUACGUGUGUAAUGAUGGGUCAGAAUGUAUGGGUGCUUUUUGAUUCGGGAGCUUCACAUUCUUUUAUUUCCAAUGCAUGUGUGGGGAGGUUGGGAUUAGAGGUUCAUGACUUGGGGUGCGAGCUAGUAGUCUCGACACUGACGUCUGGGCAAGUUACAACAAGUACUAGUUGUGAUGGAUGCUCGAUCGAAGUGGCGGGCCGUAGGUUCAAAGUGAACCUAAUCUGCUUGCCGUUGGAGGAUUUAGAUGUGAUAUUGGGGAUGGACUGGCUGUCCAAUCACCAUGUGGUAAUGGAUUGUGGACGGCGUAGAUUGAUAUUCCCAGAAACUGAAGGGGUAAAAUUGAUUUCAUCUCAAGAAGCUAUGAAAGAAUUGAGAGAAGGAGCUACCUGUUUCAUGAUGAUAAUCCGUGACAUAUCUGUGGUGGCUGAUUUUGCGGAUGUGUUUCCUGACGAAGUUCCUGGAUUACCCCCAAGCAGGGAUGUGGAUUUCACUAUCGACCUCAUCCCUGUUAAGAACAGGUACCCGUUACCACGGAUAGAUGAUCUAUUGGAUCAGCUGCGAGGGGCUGGGGUGUUCUCAAAGAUUGACUUGAGAUCUGGGUAUCAUCAGAUUUUGGUCAAGCCUGAGGACGUACAAAAGACGGCAUUUCGAUCUCGUUAUGGACAUUAUGAAUAUGUCGUGAUGCCGUUUGGGGUGACAAAUGCUCCAGCGGUAUUCAUGGAUUAUAUGAAUCGGAUAUUCCGACAGUGUCUGGAUAAGUUUGUUGUCGUGUUUAUCGAUGACAUCCUCAUUUACUCCAGAGAUCGAAGUCCUUUAACGCAACUCACGCGAAAGGACAAACCUUUCUCAUGGACGGAACAAUGUGAGGCAUGUUUUGAAGAGAUGAAGAAGAGACUAACCACGGCUCCAGUAUUGGCUAUUCCCGAUACUACUCAAGCAUUUGAAGUAUAUUGCGAUGCGUCAUACCAGGGGUUGGGAUGUGUGUUAAUGCAAGAGAAAAGGGCAGUAGCGUAUGCUUCUCGACAGUUGAAGAUCCACGAGAAGAAUUAUCCCACCCAUGAUCUGGAACUGGCUGCGAGCUUAAGGUAUUUAUUUGAUCAGAAAGAACUUAAUAUGAGGCAAAGGAGAUGGAUGGAGUACCUUAAAGAUUACGAUUUUGAACUCCUCUACCAUCCAGGCAAGGCUAAUGUGGUAGCUGAUGCCUUGAGCAGGAAACGGGUGCAUAUGUCGUCACUGAUGAUGAAAGAAUUGGAACUGAUAGAGAAAUUGCGCGAUAUGAAUUUGGGUUUACAACUGGAUUCUGAUCAUAUCCGGUGUAGUAUGUUAACAGUUACAAACACCUUCCUUGAGGAGAUCCGAGAGGGGCAGGUGCAUGAUGCUGAAUUACAACGGAUUGUUGGAUGGUUGGGUACAGAGAAAGGAAAGGAAUUCAAGAUGGGGGCUGAUGGCAUCUUAAGAUUUCGAGAUCGGGUUUGUGUGCCAGGGAAUUGGAGGAUGAGAAGGAGAGUUCUGGAUGAGGGACAUAAGAGCCGCCUCAGUAUCCAUCCGGGUAUGACGAAAAUGUACAAGGAUCUUAAGGAGUCAUUCUGGUGGCCUGGGAUGAAAACCGAUGUGGCGGAUUUUGUGGCAGCCUGUUUAGUGUGUCAGAAGGCUAAAAUUGAGCACCAAAGGCCAGGAGGUACCCUAGAACCACUGGAGAUACCCCAGUGGAAGUGGGAUGGUAUCUCUAUGGAUUUUGUGACUCACCUACCUCGAUCUGUAAAAGGGCAUGAUGCCAUUUGGGUAAUAGUUGACAGACUCACCAAGUGUGCGCACUUUUUACCAAUCAAACUGAGGAUGUCAAUGGAGAAACUCGCAGAGUUAUACAUCCGGGAGAUUGUAAGAUUACAUGGGGUUCCAGCAAGUAUAGUGUCAGAUCGUGACCCGAGAUUCACCUUGCGGUUCUGGCAAUGUUUACAGGCAGCAUUGGGAACUCAACUGAGAAUGAGUUCUGCAUAUCAUCCUCAAACGGAUGGUCAAUCAGAAAGAACGAUUCAGUCACUAGAAGAUCUGCUUCGGGCAUGUGUAUUGGAUCAUUUGGGUGGUUGGAGUGAAGUACUUCCCUUGGUGGAAUUUACUUACAAUAACAGUUACCACUCAAGCAUUGGAAUGGCGCCCUACGAGGCAUUAUAUGGGAGGAGAUGUAGAACCCCACUAUGUUGGUAUAAGGAUGGAGAGUCAGUGACCGUUGGGCCGGAGUUAUUGCAACGGACGACAGAAAAGGUCAAAUUGAUUCAGGACAGGAUGCGUGCGACUCAGAGUAGACAGAAGUCGUAUGCAGAUAAAAGGAGGAGGCCGCUAGAAUUCCAAGUGGGGGAUCAUGUGUUCCUACGAGUCACCCCAACUACAGGCAUUGGGAGAGCAAUCAAAUCCAGAAAGUUAACACCGAAGUUCAUAGGGCCGUAUCAGAUCAAUAGGAGAAUCAGGCCAGUAGCCUAUGAAAUUGCAUUGCCACCACAUCUAGCCAACUUGCACAAUGUAUUUCACGUGUCUCAGUUACGUAAAUACAUUGCAGAUCCCAGCCAUGUGCUAGAGACAGAUGAUGUCCAAUUCAGGGAUGAUCUGACAUUGGACGUGAGAUCGAUGAGGAUAGUGGAUUUUCAGGUCAAGAAGCUGAGAGGGAAGGAGAUCCGGACGGUAAAGGUCCUUUGGGAUGAGGCAACCCAAGAAGCAACAUGGGAAAUGGAGGACCUCAUGAAGGAAUCAUAUCCUUAUUUAUUCCAUGGUAAGUGA